CAGCAAGUCAACCACCUCGGUAGCUUGCUAGCCAACAUAGCCGAACGAUUCAAGCUAUUUAUACGCUUUCGGUGUAUAUUAGCGACUGUGUUUUAGACACAAUUCUGUCGUAUCUACUUGUUAACCUAUAUAAUUUAAUAUUACGUUAUUUUUUAUUAGUCAGCUAUAGUAGCUGGCUGGUUAAGUUAGUACUAGCCUAGUCGCUAAUGAUAGCUAGCUAGCUAACAUCCCCGACCAUGAGCUCACUAAACUACUACCCUCUUGUUAAAGAAGAGGCGGUCUGCUGGACGGAGAAAGAAGCUCUGGGGCUGAACAUUGUCGUGAAAGAGGAGAAGGAAGAAGAUGAUGUCACAGUAAAACAAGAAGUAGAGAGUGAGGCUGUUACAGUGAAAGAAGAAGAGAAAGACCUUUCAGUGAAAGAAGAGGAAGACGCUUUCAGAGUGAAAGAGGAGGAGGAUCUUACAGUGAAAGAGGAGGAUGCAGUUUUUGGAGUGAAGAAGGAAGGGGAGAUUACUGUCACAUUGAAAGAUGAAGAGGAGGAAAUAGGAGAUCUGAUUAACACCAGAGAGAGGCGGGACUAUCGUGGAUCCUCUGGGAAGUCUCAACAACAUCAUGAUGCUGACGAGGCAGAGAAGAGUCUCUCCAGAUCAGAACUCCUCAAGAAACACCAGCAGAGACCCACAGGGAAGAAAUCUCACUGCUGCUCUGACUGUGGGAUAAGAUUCAACUCUUCACUAGACCUUAAAAUACAUCAAAGAAUUCACACUGGAGAGAAACCCCAUGGCUGUGAUCAAUGUGGGAAGAGUUUUACUGAGUCAAGCUGUCUCACUAUACAUCAGAGAAUACACACAGGAGAGAAAUCAUACAGCUGUGAUCAAUGUGGAAAGGGUUUCAGUACAUCUCGCUAUCUAACUAUACACCAGAGAACACACACAGGAGAGAAACCGUAUAGCUGUGAUCAAUGUGGAAAGUGUUUCGGUACAUCUCGCUAUCUAACUAUACACCAGAGAACACACACAGGAGAGAAGCCUUAUACCUGUGAUCAAUGUGGGAAGAGUUUUACUCUGCUAAACAGCCUGAUAGUACACCAGCGGACACACACAGGAGAGAAACCUUUUAGCUGUGAUCAAUGUGGGAAGAGUUUUACUACAUCUAGCUAUCUAACUAUACACCAGAGAACACACACAGGAGAGAAACGAUAUAGCUGUGAUCAAUGUGGAAAGGGUUUCGGUACAUCUGGCUGUCUGACAAAACACCAGAGAACACACACAGGAGAGAAACCUUAUAGCUGUGGUCAAUGUGGAAAGAGUUUUACUCAGUCAACCAGCCUGACAUCACACCAGAGAACACACACAGGAGAGAAAGCUUAUAGCUGUGAUCAAUGUGGGAAGAGUUUUGGUACAUCUGGCCGUCUGGCAACACACCGGAGAACACACACAGGAGAGAAACCUUAUAGCUGUGAUCAAUGUGGGAAGAGUUUUGGUACAUCUGGCCGUCUGGCAACACACCGGAGAACACACACAGGAGAGAAAACUUAUAGCUGUGAUCAAUGUGUGAAGAGUUUUGGUACAUCUGGCUGUUUGACAAAACACCGGAGAACACACACAGGAGAGAAGCCUUAUAGCUGUACUCAAUGUGGGAAGAGUUUUACUCAUUCAACCAGCCUGAAAUUACACCAGAGAGCACACACAGGAGAGAAGCCUUAUAGCUGUAAUCAAUGUGGGAAGAGUUUUUCUUCAUCUGGCCUUCUGACUGUACACCAGAGAAUACACAUAGGAGAGAAACCUUAUAGCUGUGAUCAAUGUGGGAGAAGUUUUACUCAGCUAAGCAGCCUGGUAUCUCACCAGAGAACACACACAGGAGAGAAACCUCAUAGCUGUAAUCAAUGUGGGAUGAGAUACUCUGAUAAAAGAUCUCUGACUAAACAUCAGAAAAUACAUGGUGUUUCAUGAUAUCAAUGAAAUAAGGUAGAAUGUUUUUAAUAUUGUGGAAGUAUUUUAGUCACGUCACAAUAUAGAAUGUUUUAACAUUGUAGUAGCAGUAUUCUAAUGAUGUCACAAUGUAGAAUGUUUUAACAUUGUAGUAGGAGUGUGUUAAUGAUGUCACAAUGUAGAACCCUAAACAUUUGCUUUGAAUUGAAAGAGUACUAUUUAUGAGAUUUAACAAAAAGUGACUAACAAAAAAAGAGUUUUGAUUCAAGUUGGUGACCCGCUUGAAUCAAAAUGCAACACUUCAAAAUGUUUAGGUUCUCAAUAUAUCCCAAACUGUUUGUACAUAUUGGUUAUUGAUUUGGACAUGUUAAAACUGUGUUUUGACAUUGCGCUAUUCCCAUUUAGCCAAAUGUCAUUGAAAAGACGUUGAAAAUAACACUUCCUGACUUCCAAUAUACAUUCGGUUGAAAGUGAAAGUUCAAAAGAUGUAUUUUGGGGGAUUUUUUCAAUGACUUAACUUAAUUUCAAGGUCCUUGCAGCCUAUACACAUGGACGCAGUACAAUAAAUUGGUCUAUAAUCAAUUUUAUUAACAAUCUUACAUCACUCCAGAAUUUCUUGACAACAUUCAAAUGCUAAUUGUCUUUAUUCCACUACUGAAGAAGCAUGCCUCAAAUCACCUCAUAUUUCAAACAUUCAGCCUGACAAAAGAUACAUUUUAUUAUUCCAUGCAUCACCCUUAAGUGAAGUAUUGCCAAUACAUAUUAACAAAGGGGUGAACAUUUGGUUUUGAUAUUUCAUAUUUACAAUUCAUGUAACAUUUAGUAAUCAUAAUUAUUUAUGCAACCAACUGACAAUUUUUGGGUACAAUUAUAUUGAAAUUGUUAUCCUGCUUUUAGAAUAUCAGGGAUCAUUCUCAGAUGUACCAACACAAAUGUACUAGAGCAGGACAUUGGGGACUGGGCCCCGAUCCAACAACAUGCCUAUCGAGAUAUUGCAGGAGUUUGCUCUUGAAAUCAGACAUGACUAAUACAAUUUGAUUUGAGUUCCAAGGGGAUGAGAGUUCUAGAAGCUAUUGAGUGUUAGGAUUCUAUAGAAAGAAAAAGGAGAAAAAAAUGAUAUGAUUGUAUAUUAUUAUUUAGAAGUACGUGUUUUUUCUUGUUUUUAAUUGUUGACAGCCAGUAGACACCAUGUUUAUAUUGUAAAAGGUGAAGCAUUGUAGUUGAUUAUAAUGUGAAAUGGAAGUUGUGUUCUGUUGGUUGUAAGCAAACUUGUCCAACAAAAAUAUAGGAUAUAUUUGUUGUCUUAAGGGGGAAGGUGUUACAGGCUUUGGUUUUUCCAUUUAUGUUUUGAGGUUGGACUUUAGCUCGUUGGCACGUUUAGCACGUAUAGCUCGUUAGCACGUAGGACGCACUGAUUGGUGUCACCUCUUUAGUCAGUAUGUGUUGCACCUGUGCUGGCUUGUCCAUCUCAUUAGUGGGAAGGUGUUUCACCUGAGCUGGUCCAGGUUCUAUUUAAGAGUGUCUGGCCCAGUGCUCCAGUUGUCUUGAUAGAUGUGGAGAGUCAACACCUUUAGUUGCUUCACCUUUUUCGUUUGCUUCCUGUUUUUAAGUUUGUGGGUUUUUCUUUUGUUUGCUUCUUCUUGGGCAGAUUUAGUGGGUCUCAUGGUGGGUGUCUUUUAGGUCCCAGUUGUUGUUACUUGUCAAUUUUCAGUGGACACCCCCAUAGUGUCUAUCAGAGCCCCUCCUAAAAAACAAGCUUGUAUUUUGGGUUGGAUAUUGCAUCCAAUUAAUAUUUUAAUCAAUGGCAUUUCCUUAGAAUGUUCAUUAGUCUUUCAGUUGUUAGUCUUCUGUUUGAUGUGUACUAAAUAUUUCUGUUUAUUUUCAUUGGUUUUUCCUGUGAAGCCAUUGUGUUGCAUCAUGUCUGAAAUAUGCUGUAUAAAUAAAGCUUGAUUUGAUUUCAACAAAUGAACUCAAUGAUGAACCCAAUGACCAAUCAACAGACUCUUGGUCCCUCUUAGUAUGAAAAACAGUAUCACUUUUCCAGCCUGCUGAAGGCGUGGUGGAGUGGUAAACACCACCCCCGGCUCUACCAGGGGCUUGAGGUGGUCUCCCACAGCUC